AUGACGGCGUCUCCUGAUUACUUGGUGGUGCUUUUUGGGAUCACUGCCGGGGCCACGGGAGCCAAGCUGGGUUCGGAUGAGAAGGAGCUGAUCCUGCUACUGUGGAAAGUGGUGGAUCUGGCCAACAAGAAGGUGGGACAGUUGCAUGAAGUACUAGUUAAACCAGACCACUUGGAAUUGACGGAGGACUGCAAAGAAGAAACCAAGAUCGACGCCGAAAGCCUGUCCUCAGCCCCGCAGCUGGAGCAAGCCCUCAGACAGUUCAAUCAGUCUGUGAGCAACGAACUGAAUAUCGGGGUGGGGACUUCCUUCUGUCUCUGUACUGAUGGCCAGCUUCAUGUCAGGCAAAUCUUGCACCCUGAAGCUUCCAAAAAGAAUGUAUUAUUGCCUGAAUGCUUCUACUCCUUUUUUGAUCUCCGGAAAGAAUUCAAGAAGUGUUGCCCGGGUUCACCUGAUAUUGACAAAUUGGAUGUUGCAGCAAUGACAGACUGUUUACAUCUUGACAAAAGUAUUCCAACCUCCAGAUAUGGAGCCUCUGAAGUGGAAGAUAUGGGAAAUGUUAUUCUAACAAUGAUUUCAGAACCAUACAAUCACAGGUUUUCAGAUCCAGAGAGAGUGAAUUACAAAUUUGAAAGUGGAACUUGCAGCAAGAUGGAACUGGUCGAUGAUAACACUAUAGUCAGGGCAAGAGGCUUACCCUGGCAGUCCUCGGACCAAGAUAUUGCAAGAUUCUUCAAAGGCCUUAACAUUGCCAAGGGAGGUGCUGCACUUUGUUUGAAUGCCCAGGGUCGGAGAAAUGGAGAAGCACUGGUCAGGUUUGUCAGUGAAGAGCACAGAGACCUUGCACUGCAGAGGCACAAACACCACAUGGGAAAUCGAUACAUUGAGGUUUACAAAGCAACAGGUGAAGAUUUCCUUAAAAUUGCAGGUGGUACUUCCAAUGAAGUCGCCCAGUUUUUGUCCAAAGAGAAUCAGGUCAUUGUCCGAAUGCGAGGACUCCCUUUCACUGCCACAGCAGAAGAAGUAUUGGCUUUCUUUGGACAGCAUUGCCCUAUCACAGGGGGGAAAGAAGGCAUCCUUUUUGUCACUUAUCCUGAUGGGAGGCCAACAGGAGAUGCUUUUGUCCUAUUUGCUUGUGAGGAAUAUGCACAGAAUGCACUGAGGAAGCACAAAGAUUUGCUGGGUAAAAGAUACAUUGAACUCUUCAGGAGCACUGCAGCUGAGGUUCAGCAGGUGCUGAAUCGGUUUUCUUCCACGCCUCUCAUUCCACUCCCAACUCCCCCUAUCAUUCCUGUACUACCUCAGCAAUUCGUGACCCCCACCAACGUCAGAGACUGCAUCCGUCUACGAGGGCUUCCUUAUGCUGCCACUAUUGAGGAUAUAUUGGAAUUUCUGGGAGAAUUUUCCACAGCUAUUCAAACCCAUGGAGUUCAUAUGGUAUUAAAUCACCAGGGUCGCCCAUCAGGAGAUGCCUUUAUCCAGAUGAAAUCUGCAGACAGAGCGUUUAUGGCUGCACAAAAGUGUCAUAAAAAGACUAUGAAGGACAGAUAUGUGGAAGUCUUUCAGUGUUCAGCUGAGGAGAUGAACUUUGUGUUAAUGGGGGGCACUUUAAAUCGAAAUGGCUUAUCCCCACCGCCAUGUAAGUUACCAUGUCUGUCUCCUCCCUCCUACACGUUUCCAGCCCCUGCUGCUGUGAUCCCAACUGAAGCUGCCCUUUAUCAGCCUUCUGUCCUUCUUAGUCCCCGGACAUUGCAGCCCUCCACAGCCUACUAUCCUGCUGGCGCACAGCUUUUCAUGAACUACACGGCAUACUAUCCCAGCCCCUCAGGUUCAUCUAAUAGUAUUGGCUACUUCCCUACAGCUGGUAACGCUAGCAGUAUCCCUCCACAGCAUGGCACCGUGGUCAGAAUGCAGGGCCUGGCCUACAAUACUGGAGUUAAGGAAAUUCUUAACUUCUUCCAAGGUUACCAGUAUGCAGCAGAGGAUGGACUUAUACACACAAAUGACCAGGCAAGGACACUGCCCAAAGAAUGGGUUUGUAUUUAA